CAAUACGUAGAGCCCUCUCCCUUGCCUCCCCUUUCCUCUCUUCUUCCCUCAUAAGCCCAUGCAUACAUAGUAACACUUUCUUUAAAUCAACCCCUCCCCACCCUUUCUCAACUUCUUUAAACUCCUUUGCCUUCCCCUCUUGCUCUCCCUUAGUCUGAUCUUUUCUCUCUCUCCUUAUGGAUUCUUCCACAGGGAGUUUAGAGACCUCAGCCAAUUCUCACCUGACCUCGACCUCUUUGUCCUUCUCCUCCCCGUUUCCAACCUCCUUCACUGAGCUCCUCGCUGGAGUCGGCGAUGAUAACAGCGUGGACCGCCCGAGAAAACCGGCGAGCGAGGGGCUUUCAGAUCUGGCAGGUCAGGGCAGGGGAGGUAUACCCAAGUUCAAGUCUAUACCUCCUCCCUCAUUGCCCAUCUCCCCUCCUCCUAUCUCUCCCUCUUCCUACUUUGCCAUCCCGAAUGGUCUAAGCCCUGCUGAGCUCCUGGAUUCUCCAGUCCUCCUCUCUUCUUACAUCUUUCCAUCUCCAACCACUGGGACUUUUCCUUCACAGGCUUUCAAUUGGAGGUCCACCUCUGGUAAUCCUCAACAGGGCGUCAAGGAGGAAGACAGGGCCUACUCUGAUUUCUCUUUCCAGCCCCACACAAAGCCUAUGAUCUCCCAAUUAGCAUCCUUCCAGCCUUCUUCAGCUGCAGUCUCUACGGAAGAGGCCUUCAAAGGACUUCAACCAUGGAGUUACCAUGAGAUCGGCAACAAUAAUUCCGAACUAGCUUCACAAAAGACCAACAUCAGCGCUGUGGACAUGGCACCAAUCCGAACUAGUUCUUCAGAGAUUCCAACUCUGCAGGCCAAUUCACAAAGCAACAACAACGGUGGGUACCAACCGGAUUACAACCAUUCCAACCAAGCUGCUCAGACCCUGAGAGAGCAGAGAAAGUCAGAUGAUGGCUACAAUUGGAGGAAGUAUGGGCAGAAACAGGUGAAAGGAAGCGAGAAUCCACGGAGCUACUACAAGUGCACCUACCCGAAUUGCCCAACAAAGAAGAAGGUGGAGAAGAACUUCGACGGGCAGAUCACUGAGAUUGUGUACAAGGGAACCCACAACCACCCAAAGCCUCCACCCAAUAGAAGAAACUCUGCCUCUUCUCAGGCAAUUCAGGGUUGUCUCCCUUCUGAAGCAUCCGAUCAUUCGUUCGGUGGGCGAUCGGGCACCGUGAUCGACUCCGUCAUGACGCCCGACAAUUCCUCAGCUUCCUUUGGUGAGGACGAUGCUGAUAUGAGCUCUCAGAGGAGCAACCCCGGGGGUGUUGACUUUGAUGAAGACGAACCUGAUGCCAAGCGUUGGAAGAAAGAAGGUGAGAAUGAAGGGACAUCAGCUUCAGGAAAUAGAACAGUGAGGGAACCCAGGGUGGUGGUUCAGACCACAAGUGAUAUCGAUAUCCUCGAUGACGGGUAUCGGUGGAGAAAAUAUGGGCAGAAGGUGGUGAAGGGCAAUCCAAAUCCAAGGAGCUACUACAAAUGCACGACUGUGGGUUGCCCGGUGAGGAAACACGUGGAGAGGGCAUCGAAUGAUCCAAGGGCGGUCAUCACAACGUACGAGGGCAAGCACAACCAUGAUGUUCCUGCAGCUCGGGGAAGUGGGGGGCACGCAAUGAACAGGCCAUUAACAGAUACCAACAGCAGCAUCAGCAUGGCAAUAAGGCCUUCAGCCAUAGCCAACCAUGCAAACCACGGCACUGCUAACUCUCUCUUCGGGGGACGGCUCCAUGCAUCGGAAAGCCAGGCUCCAUUUACACUAGAGAUGCUGCAGUCCCCGCCGAGCUUCUUUUGCUCUGGAUAUGAGAAUUCGAUGAAUUCCUUCAUGAAUCAGCCGCAGCAUCAGCAGCAGAGACACAUGGAGAGAAUGCUCCCUAAAACUAAAGAAGAACCAAGAGAGGACUUGUUCCUGGAGUCACUGCUGUUCUGAAAAGGAUCGGUUUCUGGUGAUUCGAAUAAUGCUGUAUAUCGCAUGGUUGGUGUAAAUUUCCAGUGAUAUAGUGAAAGUUUCAUUUGUUCAUUUGUUUGAGGCCCUUUUGCACUAGAGACCGGGCCUCUGAUACUCUUGUAACAUUUCUGUAUCACUAUUUUCUAAAACAGAAGGAAGGAGACCACGAGCAAUUUGAAUAUGUUA